AUGACAACUUCCACCAUGCAGAUGCAUUUGAACGUCGACAUUGUUGGGCCCAGCACCAAGUCGUCUCCUGUUUCGAAGCUGGCUGUUCCAACUGUACACCGCAUCGAACCAGAUAUUGAGGUAAUUCUCAGCAAACUAAAAGCUCACAAGUCAAGAUCAGGAUCCACUAUCGCAAAAGCAAAAACUGGACCCAUAAAGAAGAAUACAAACCGCCGUUUGCAAAAGCGGUCGAAGAAUCAAGGGCUAACAUCGAAAUUGACCCCGCGUCAUCCCUUCAACCAUUGCCCCUUGCCACCUCCACCCAUGCUGCCAACUCUAAAGUUGGGCGAAGCUGUUCCAUUCAAAAAUUAA